CGAAGAAAAACACAACGACGGAAGUAAAGAAGACAAACCGGAACAUAAACAAAGGCUCAGCGUGACUCUGAAAGAGUGAGCCUGUGACACCUGUUUUUAACUGUCUCUCUGUUAGGGUCUGGUGUGUUGUGAUGUGAUGUCCGUGUUUGUACCGAUCACCAGCUUUGUGCGCAUGCGGCUCACAUGGAUAGGCUCUCUGCUGCUUAGACCCCCUCCCACUGGACUCAGGUGUGUGUUGGCAGCCGGUAAAAAGGACCUGAUAGACCUUCCUGUCCUGGUCGAGGAUGAGCUCGAAGAGCAGUUUGUGAGAGGAUCUGGACCCGGAGGACAGGCGACCAACAAAACCAGCAACUGCGUGGUGCUAAAGCACAUCCCCACUGGGAUCGUGGUGAAGUGCCACCAGACCAGAUCUGUGGACAUAAAUCGAAAACGUGCCCGAGAGAUUAUGAGGGAGAAACUCGACGUUGCGUACAAAGGAGAGCUCAGUGAAGUUGUGAUGAAGAAGAAGGAGUCUGUGCUCAGGAAGCAAGAAAAGAGGAGGAAGGCCAACGAGAACCUGGAGAGAAAGAGACUGUUGAAAGAAGCGCUGGCUGCAGACUCCAAGCCCGGAAAUGACACUGUAUGAGUGGUGUGUGUGUGUGUGUGUGUGUGUGUGUGUGUGUGUGUGUGUGUGUGUGUGUGUGUGGUCGGUGAGGUCAGAGAUACUUGAAUGAUCCUGCAUGUUGUGUCUGUAAAGCCUCAGUCUGAAGAAGUGCUGUCAGCUCUAAUAACAAGAUUUUAUUUGUUUAGCUUCGGACAGGCACAGUAUCAGUGUGUCACAUAAGGAUUAAAAUAAAGUUAUGUGUGAUUGGUUGUUUAUUCGUGUGAGUCUAAACUUGAGUUAAAUAGGGGGGUCUGCUUCGUUUACCUUUAGAUUGAAGUAGGAUGGCAAAAAUUUUGGAAGCCAUGGAGCAUUCAGCAUAUUUGAAUUUCACAAGAAAAAGCUUAAAAAGAGACGAGUUGAUCUGUGGAUGUCUUCACGUUGAAACCUAAAGGUGUCACCAGAACACAGUAAUAUAUAAGUGGACCUAUUGCAAAUGAACAUAAAAAACGUUUGCUUCUAUUUAUACUGAUUAUAGGAUGCUGAAAAAUUGCAUUGAAAUGAAUUACAGUUGCUGGACACUUUAAGUACCUUGCUGCUACCCAGUUAGAUCCCUUUUGCCUCCAGAGCUACCUAAAUUCUUUUCACAUAGAUUCAAGAUGGUGUCAGAAACAUUCCUCUUUGGUCCAUACCGGCAUAAUAGCAUUGCACAGAUUUGUAGGCUGAAUAUCCAUGAUAUAAAUGUCCUGUUCAAUCGCA